AUGCCUCCACCCGUGACUCCAUCUCCCUUUCGCCUAUCACGCCGCCAACCCCCGACGCGUCGCACCGCCGGGCCACAGUUUGCCAACUCGCCUCGGUUUCUCUUAUCACAAUCGACCCCACAGAAGAGCAAGAGUGAUCUUGAAAUAGUCGAUGACGACGCGCCGCCGUCGACUACUCCUGUCACCCGCACCCCAGCUCAACCACAACAUACUGGUACUCAACCGCGUCGGCAGCGAGACGUGAUCGAAGACUCGGAUGAUGGCGAGUGGUUGGGUAAUGCAGAUACCCAUGAGAACGGGGUCAAUGAGCUAGCCGAGGACUCCAUUGAUAGCUCUCCACCUCUUGGCCAAGAAAUACCCGGGCCCCUGGAUGCCGAGUUUGACGCGCUCUUUGCGCCAACCAGAGCCGGUAACAAACGACAGCGGCUUUCUGCAGGAGGGUCUCGGAUUAAGAGCCUACACCCACACCGAAACCCAGAAGAGAGACGUUCACCCUCUCCUGAGUCACAAGCUCUACCAUUUGAUCCUCCUCAGACACCAGGUCCCCGGUUGUUGCAGCGUCCCACGCUGCAAGACGUGAGCGCCCAAGCAACUCCCGGCCCAUCCUUGAAACACCGGGUACCAUUAUCAGGAAUAACCAGCAGCACACAAACGCCAUUCCGCAGUCGCCCACGAUUCGUGCUCUCAACACAAAAGCCGCGGAGCAGUCAGCCCGCGUUCCGAGCAGAGACACCAGCAGCAACUCAGCCAACCUCGCCACAAGAGAGACGUAAACCUGCCUUUGUACUUCCUCGUUCGCCAUCACCCAAUGCAGCUUUGGAAGAUAUACCGGCACCUUUCUCACCGUCGUCGAGGACACUCCAUCGGCGUGGAAAGAACCGCUCUGGUGUAGCUGGCUAUGCGCCCGGCGGGAUGGCCGCUGAGGUACGCACCUGGAUCCUUGAGAUCGGAUCUCAGCGGGAUCAUAUUGCCAUAAACCAGACAAGUGGAACUAUGGGAGACAGUUCAUCGGAUCUGACUGGGUAUCUCGUGGCUGCUCGCGUGCUCCAGGCUAGGCGGGCUGUGCUGAGUAGCUCUGGCGCGUUCUCGUUUGUUAGAGCGGAGAAGGUGGCCAUGCCACUGAAUGAAGGUCAUGAGAAGCGAGAGCUUCUUAAUAUAAUGGUUAUGGGGCCUCCACGAUCGAAGCCUCCCUCUCAGGGGACGUCAUCGCAGGCUAAUGGGCCGCGAGCAGGCUUUGUCAAGGAAGGAGAUUUAUUGGCCAUCCAUCGUGGCCUGGCAUGGCACGUCGCGUUUGACGAGUAUCAGGCCUUGGUACCUGUCAAAGAACUACAAACAGGACCACGUCAAGAUGGUGACGUCGAGCAAUGGUUAAUUGCUAUGGAAUGGGACCUCAUCGAGGAAGCUAUGUAA